AUGACUCGUGACGGCGGCCGAGAUGGGCGGCGCGACAGCGGGAACGCGACGGCUUUUGAGGGUUUUUCUGGCGACUUUCAAGCUCGCGAUCUGAGGAGAGGAGACGGCGGCCGUGGUGCAACCUGGGAGGGAGAUCGGCGUCGUGCUGCUGCAAGUUUCGCCGGUGACGGCGGCCGCGAUGAACAACGAGGCAGAUGGACUGAGGUUGGGCCUAAGGGUGCUCAAUUUUUCGGAUUCAUCAGAGGAGUGACAGAGGUUCGACUGGAUUUUCAGCAUAACAAGCUUUUUCUUCUUCUUCUUCCGAGCUUCUCCAUGGAAAAACGACACAUCAACCGGGCUUUUCGAUUACUCAAACGCUUUUAUACUUUCCUCCGCAAAUUAAUAUUCUCUAUCCUCUCUGUGGGCCCACACCCGAUCACAUCGCCUUCAUCAUGGACGGUAACCGAAGGUACGCCAGGUGGCGAAACCUCCGAGACGAAGGAUCGGGCCACGGGGCUGGAUUCUCGGCCCUCAUGCAAAUGCUACAAUUACGAGCUGAACGUGAAGCACGUGACGAUUUACGCAUUCAGCAUCGACAAUUUCAAAAGGCGACCGGACCAGCUCCUUAGCGAGCCCGUGAAGUUGGCUGCCGAACGGGCCAUGAGAGCCACCGAACGAAACUCUCGGGCCGUGCUCUCGAUUUGCUUAGCUUACACGCCCACGCAUGAGAUUGUGCAUUCGGUCGACAAAGUUUCCAUCGAUAAAAAACGGGCCGGGAAGUGUUGUGAUGUUGUUGACAUGGCGGAUGUUGAUAGGGGGGUGUAUAUGGCGGGUGCUCCCAAUGUGGAUUUCCAGAGCGCAUGUGCCUUACUGUACUUCCCACGGGCACUGUGGCCGGAAAUCGGGUUCUGGCACCUGGUUUGGGCGGUUUUGGAUUUCCUGAGGAAUUUUGCGUGUUUGGCGAGGAGACGAAAACAAAGUUAG